AUGGACUCAUCCAACCCUGCAGCGAGAGGGGCAGGCCGCGACCUCUGCAGCAGUGGCUGUGGGUUCUACGGCAGCGACGCCACGCUCGGCCUCUGCUCCAAAUGCUUCCGCGAUCAUAUUUUCUCCUCUCAUAUCAAUAAAACCGCGCAACAACUUGCGUCGAUCGUAGGGAGCGGAAAGAAGAACGGACAUAUUGGAUCUAAGGACUCUGCUUCUGCAACCGAGUCUAAGAAGAAGACGAAGCAGAGCUGCUCAAAGUGCGAUAGAAAGGUGGGGUUGGCCAUGCGAGCGAUCAAAUGCCGCUGCAAUGGUGUUUUCUGCGCCGCCCACCGCCUCCCAGAAGACCACGGCUGUACUUUUGACUAUCGGACCGCUGGCCGUCUGCUUCUCGAGGAAGCCAAUCCGCUCAUCAAAGCUGAAAAGCUGAACACGAUGUAGUGAAGAAGAAUCUGAAUGUUUUAGUGAUUCAUCAAUGUCGUAUCCGAACAAUCAAAGUUCUUCUUUUUCCUUUGUAUGCCGUAAAGUAG